AUGGGUGCGCUUAAAUACGUCGAGGAGCUCCAGAAGAAGAAGCAGUCGGAUAUCCUCCGCUUCCUUCUGCGUGUGCGCUGCUGGGAACUUCGCCAACUGAACGUUAUCCACCGUGCCUCGCGCCCGUCUCGCCCGGACAAGGCCCGCCGCCUCGGUUACAAGGCCAAGCAGGGCUAUGUUAUCUACCGCGUCCGCGUCCGCCGUGGUGGCCGCAAGCGACCCGUGCCCAAGGGUGCCACCUACGGCAAGCCCACCAACCAGGGUGUGAACCAGCUCAAGUACCAGCGUUCGCUCAAGGCUACCGCUGAGGAGCGUGUCGGCCGCCGCUGCGCUAACUUGCGCGUCCUCAACUCGUACUGGAUCAACCAGGACUCUACCUACAAGUACUACGAGGUCAUCCUCGUCGACCCCCAGCACAAGGCCAUCCGUAUCGACCCCAGGAUCAACUGGAUCGUCAACCCCGUCCACAAGCACCGCGAGUGCCGUGGUCUUACCGCCACCGGCAAGAAGUCGCGUGGUCUCAACAAGGGUCACCGUUACAACAAGACCACUGCCGGCCGCAGGAAGACGUGGAAGAGGCACAACACCCUGUCUCUGUGGCGCUACCGCUAA